UCAGCUAGCAAGUUCACUGCUAAUUGCGAGUUUAGAGCCAGCGCACAAAAACAACAAGAACAAACAAUAAUCUGCUAAGCAGAGGAGGCCAAAAACAAAAAGAAAAAGCAAAACCAAAAUAAAAAAGGAAGCAAUAAUUAAUCACAGCUUUAAAAACAACAAGAACAACAGAGGAAUCAAAUUAACAGCGCGUCAAAAGGAUUAACAGCCAGAGAGCGUGUGCAAGUGACAGUUGGAUUGAGAGCGUCAGCUGUAAACGGCUGAGCGCGAGUGACAGAGACAGAGGCGUUCCACUUGUGUGGAACGUGUGUCUGUGUGUGUGUGUGUGGAUAACAAUUAACAUUCCCUCACUCACUGCACUCACUUAACAUGUUUGCCUUUGCAGCAAUGAGAGAGGCAAUGCGACAGCCGCGAUCGCUGUUAACGCUGCUGUUAACGUGCUUGGCGCUGUUAAUGCUAGCAGAGGAAGCAAUUGGAACACAUCGAGAUUGGAUACAAAAUUGCAGUAAUUGUCAUUGUCAUUGGAAUUCGGGCAAAAAGAGUGCCGAUUGUAAGGGUAAAAAAUUGACAAAAAUUCCACAGAAUAUGAGCAAUGAAAUGCAAGUGAUUGAUUUCUCCCAGAAUCAAAUACCCGAACUGCGUAGCGAAGAAUUUCAAUUGGCGGAAUUGCAGAAUCUACAUAAGCUCUAUUUGCGCAACUGUACCAUACAGGAGGUAAAUCGCGAUGCGUUCAAAGGACUCACCAUACUGAUCGAACUGGAUAUGUCCAAUAAUCAGAUACGGGAAUUGCAUCCAAAUACGUUCAAGAGUCUCGAGAAGAUCCGUAAUGUGAUCAUCAAUAAUAAUGAGAUUGAGGUUUUGGAGAGUGAACUUUUUACCAAAUUGCAUUAUCUGUCCCGGGUGGAGUUCAACAAUAAUCGAUUGAAACAGGUGCAAUCGAAUGUCUUUGGUCGACUCGAUCUAUUGAAAUCGAUUUGUUUGGAGCGCAAUCAAUUGACGUAUUUGAAUAAGGAAACAUUUGCCGAUCUGCCCAAAUUGCAUUAUUUAUCACUGCAGGGUAAUGCCUGGAAUUGCAGUUGUGAUCUACAGGAAUUCCGGGACUUUACCAUCGCCCAUCGAUUGUAUACGCCGCCCACGGAUUGCCAGGAACCCGCUCAAUUACGUGGCAAACUCUGGAGCGAAGUGCCAUCCGAGAAUUUCGCCUGUCGUCCCAGAAUUCUGGGAUUGGUGCGAAGUUAUAUUGAAGGGAAUCAGGAUAAUAUAACGUUACCGUGUCGCUUUAUGGGCACUCCACUGCCAAAUGUCACCUGGAUCUAUAAUAAGCGUCAAUUGAAUCCGGGAAUCAAUGAUCAGCACAUACGCAUACUCAAUUCUGUGGAGCAACUGAAUGUACAGCAACAACCUGCCCAGGUGAUGACCUCGGAACUUCGCAUCUAUGGCGUACGCACCUCCGAUAAGGGUGUGUACACCUGUAUAGCCGAUAAUCGUGGGGGCAAAGCGGAGGCGGAGUUUCAACUGAUGAUCAAUGGUGAUCAUAUGGGCAUUACGAGUAAUUCCGAUGGUCUCAGCUUGGGAAUUAGCGGUGCCAUUGGCGCCUCCACCAGCGAUCCGCAAACAAGUUUAUUCCUUGUCAUCUGUGUGAUUGCAACGACAUUUCUCGUCCUACUGAUCGUCCUGGUGCUGGCUCUCUUCUGGUAUUGUCGUCGCAUCAAGACCUAUCAGAAGGAUAACACUAUUGGCGAUGGCUUGAUCUCCUGCAAACUGGACAAGACCCACAACAGCUCCAUGCUCGAGGGCUCCGUCAUCAUGGAGAUGCAAAAGAGCCUCCUCAAUGAGGUAAACCCCGUGGAGAAACCGCCUAGACGCACCGACAUCGAGAGCGUCGAUGGCGGCGACGAUGGACAUGAGAUCAAAAAGACAUUACUCGAUGACACCGCAUACGCGAAUCACUCGCGCGAUGAUGAGACUCACUCGGUGGCUUUAUCGGACACGACAACAACACCGCGAUCCCGUCACACCUAUGUGGAUGAUACCUAUGGCAAUAGCCUGCCCCCGGAUCUAUUGGCAUUUCCCGCACGCGUACCCCCCACCUCACCCUCGAUGCAAUCGUCGCAGUCGAACAUACCCGAUCAGGUGAUCUACGGCAUACGUUCGCCGCCACCGUUGACAAGUCCGGUUUACGCACACAUGACACCGCAUGGCAUUUACGGCACUACAACAAUUGCGGCUGCCACACACAAUGGCUUCAUGACCUUGCAACAUCCAAAGUCACGCAAUUUGGCACUGAUUGCCACCGCCAACAGUCGCCAUCAGCAGCAGCAGCAACAACAGCAACAGCAACAAAUGGUACUGCAACAUCAACCGUCAUCGGCAUCACCUUUUCUGCCCGCUCCCGUUGUUUAUUCGCCCGCCCAGCCGGUGAUCAUGAAACAGGGCUACAUGACAAUACCGCGCAAGCCGCGUGUUCCCAGCUGGGCGCCCAGCACCUCAGUGGCAGCAUCGGCCGCCCAUCAUGUCAGCGAAUUUCAGUCGCCCACCUCACCCAAUCCCAGUGAGACCGGUACGGCCACAACGGCCGAGUUGCAAGCGGAGCCGGUCUACGAUAAUUUGGGAUUACGCACCACAGCCGGCGGAAAUUCCACCUUAAAUUUGCACAAGGCACUGGAAAAGGGAGCACAACAACAGCAACAGCAGCAACAGCAGCAGCAGCAGCAACAACAACAACAGUAUACAAUGCGGGAUCGCCCAUUGCCGGCCACGCCCAGUUUGACAUCAGUGGCAUCGGCAUCGGCGAGCAAAAUCUAUGAGCCGAUACACGAAUUGCUGCAACAGCAACAGGCGAUGCAGGCACAACAGCAACAGCUGCAACAGCAACAGCUGCAGCUGCAGCAACAGCAACAGUUGUACAACACUGAAACGGAACCACUCUAUGGCGCUAGACAUCAUGGUAUAACGAUAUUGCCAGGUUCGAGUAUUAGCGGUGCCGGUUUGGGUUCUCCAGGCGCAGCAGCCGCAGCAGCAACAGUUGCUGUCACAUCGCCAACACACAGCAAUAACAACAGCGGGGAUUCACCGAAAAUCGCCAAAAUACCGCCACGUCCGCCGCCAAAGCCCAAGAAGAAAAUGUCCGUGACGGCAACGCGCAGCGGCCAGGGCAGCACAAGUCAGCUGUUCGAUGAUGAGGGCGAGGAUGGCACCGAGGUUUAGUUGCAGCAAUUACCUAUUUAAAAAAAACAUAUAAAAAAAAAAA